AUGGCCUUCCCAUCUUCCGCAGGUACCUUCAGGCUCGAUUUUAUCGUCGCUGAAGAACCUGCCGGGCACGACAACAAUUUCGAAGUCAACGUGAACUUUACAACAAACCGCCAUCAUGGUCCGAACCAGUGUUCUGAGCGAUGCGUUGACAACCAUCAACAAUGCGGAGAAGGCAGGCAAGCGCCAGGUCCCUCCUCUAAGGUUGUCAUCAAGUUCCUUGGGCUUAUGCAGGCGCAAGGAUUUAUCGGGGAGAUAGAAGAGGUCGACGAUCGCCGGUCUGGCAAGAUCGUUGUUCAGCUCAACGGCCGUCUGAACAAGUGUGGCGUCAUCAGCCCUCACUUCAACGUCCGCCUCGGCGAGAUCGAGAAGUGGGUGGUUCCACUCCUGCCUGCCCCGUCAGUUCGGGCACAUUGUCCUCACCACCUCUUCCGGCAUCAUGGUUCAUGA